UCGCCCCGUCCGGAGCGGCGCGGCAGCAGCAGCAGCAGCAGCGGGGAUCAUGUCCGGCCGCGGGAGCGGCGCCCUGUCGGAGCGGAGCCCGUUGCUGGCUUACCGGCUGUGCAGCAGCUCCUCGCUGGAGCCGGACGAGGCGUCCCCGGCGUCCCGCAAGCUCUCCACCUUCCUGGGCGUCGUGGUGCCCACUUUGCUCUCCAUGUUCAGCGUGGUGCUUUUCCUCCGCCUGGGUUUCGUGGUGGGUCAGGCGGGAUUGUACCAGUCGCUGGUGAUGUUUCUGGUGGCCUAUUUCAUCAUCGGAAUGACGGUCCUGUCGGUGUGCGCCAUCUCUACCAACGGGGCUCUGGAUGCCGGAGGUGCCUACUACAUGAUCAGCCGGGCGUUGGGCCCCGAAUUCGGCGGAAGCAUUGGCCUCAUGUUCUUCUUUGCCAAUGUCUGUGGCAGUGCCCUCUACAUCUUGGGCCUGGUGGAGGCUGUGGUGGAUGACUUUGGCAGUCCGGCAGAGGGAACCAUUGGGACAGCCACACAGGUCCUGCCCCGCGGUUACUGGUUUGACCUCUUAUACGCCACGGUUCUCCUCUUCCUGUGCCUCCUGGUCUGCCUUGUGGGUGCUGGCAUCUACGCUAAGGCCACCUUCCUCAUCUUCCUCAUCGUCAUGGUGGUGCUGGGCACCGUCUGCAUCAGCUUCUUCAUCGUGGGCGUCCGGGUUGUGGGGCUUCCCGCCAUCAGGGACGGCAACCGCACCGAACUCUCCAAUGCGUCCUUCACUGGAUUCAAACUCAGCACCCUCCUAGAUAAUCUGCACGCGGACUAUAGUGUCGACUACACAACCGGCCGGCUGAUGAGCUUCAGCACCGUCUUUGCCGUCAUGUUCAACGGUUGCACGGGGAUCAUGGCGGGGUCAAACAUGUCAGGCGAUCUCAAGCGGCCCAGCUAUUCCAUUCCUCGGGGCACCAUCAUGGCUGUGAUUUUCACCUACGUUGUCUACAAUUUGUUGGCGGUUCUCCUGAGCUGCACCUGCGACAGGUUUCUUCUCCAGCGGGACUACAGCUUUUUGAAGGACAUCAACAUCUGGCCCCCGUUUGUCAUCAUCGGGGUCUACUUUUCCACUCUCUCAGCCGCCAUGAGCAACCUAAUCGGGGCCUCACGGAUCCUUUACGCUUUGGCCAAAGAUGACCUCUUCGGCAAAGUUUUGGGCCCAGCGAAGCGGACAUCGGCUGGUGGAAACCCCUGGGUAGCUGUCAUCUUCUCCUGGAUCCUUGUACAGCUGGUGCUGUUUUCCGGGAAGCUGAACACCAUCGCUGCGGUGGUCACCAUCUUCUUCCUGCUGGUUUACGCUACGGUGGAUUUGGCCUGCCUGGCGCUCGAGUGGGCCUCCGCCCCGAACUUCAGGCCCACCUUCAAGUAUUUCACGUGGCACACCUGCGUGCUGGGCAUUGCCGGCUGUGUCGUGAUGGUGUUCCUCAUCAGCCCAAUCUACGCUUCGGCCAGCGUGGUCUUCAUGGUCAUCCUGCUGGUGGCCCUCCAUUACCUGUCCCCCAGCAGCAGCUGGGGCUACAUCAGCCAAGCUUUGAUCUUCCAUCAGGUAAGGAACAUCCCAACGGGGGACCCUCUGCGGGGGUCUCAGGCGCCACAGGAACAGACUUUCCUCGGGAAUCUGGAGCAGAAACGUUAA